AUGAGCCUCCUCCGCUCUCCCACUUCCCGCUCAGACCCUCUCUCUCCGCCCUCGUCCCCUGCCACUUCCGCCACAGUCACCGCUCCUUCCUCCCCCCGUCCGUCAAAGGACCGUCUCUUUCGUCUAUCGCCUGGUCCCCGUCGCACCACUUCAAAGUCUAAUCCUGCCCCCAAAUGGCCCGAUGAUAGUCAUACCGACUCCAGCGGCUCUGGCACAGAGACAAAGCAAGGCCAUCCAUUGUCGCAACAUAAACCCCGUAAGCGACCCAUCCGCCGUCCAUCGGACCGCGCCUUGACCCUCCCCCCUUCACGUAUGUCAUCUGAACCCUUGCUUGAUAUGCCUGCUCCCUCAUCGGCUUGGAUGCCUUCUCGGAGGCCUCUCUCCCCUUCUUCCUCUUCCUCAGCACCUAGUUCUCCUGGCGCUGCACGCCCCACCUCCUCUUCCACCACGGGCAUCGGACGCAAGGUUGCUGCUUCCUUGGAUUUAUUCAAGGAAUCUGUGGCCUCCCCUUCAGAUGAGGAGGUCAAUGUGUUCGAGCGUCCGAGGGCCAUGUCGUCCGCUUCGAGACGGAAGCCAGGCCCCUCGCAAGCCAUGGAUAAAAUGGCCGCGGCCGAGUUUCAGUUUGUCAAACGCUCAGACUGGCCUGAUCGCGAGAUAGCUGCCAUUCGACGAGAGAAAAGCAUGACUGGUUUGGAGAGAGCGAGGACACGAGACAGCACGAGUUCAAACACGAGCGCUCGCGAAAACCUGCCUCGUCGACCGUCCGUUCGUGAAUCCGUUUUCAAUGUAUCCAGCGACUUGGUACAGUGGAGAAACUCGGUCCUCGAAGACCGAGGCCGAUCGCGAGAUUGGAGUGUCUGGCAGGACGAUACUCCGCAAGCUGGGGUUAUUAGAGCGCCAGGUGUGUACUACUUUACACUACAGCAUAUCACCUAUCAUGACCACAUUUUCCUCUCCUCAGUUGAUCGUGACCUUUCUUCUUCGAUCAGUCACUCCCAUUUGCUUCACCCUUUACCAUCCCCCGGCGAACGAGCAGCGGCAUUGCCUAGCUCGCAUGCUGACCAUGACAUUUUACAUCCGCUUGGUCGAGUUGGUUCGAGUAGUCGAUCACGGUCUCCUGCGCCCCUGGUUGGCAUUGACUUUACCGCAUCAUACCCACCGACAAUUGUUUCUGAUCUUGCUUCAUUUUCUCCGUGGUCGACCGAUGACGAAAGUGCAUGGGAUACAGCUUCCAUCACUACAUCGUCAACUACCGAGGCGUCUUCUCCAUUUCCCCUUUCACCUUCACGGUUGAGUCCCCUUCCGCAGCCUCUGGUUCGACAUGGGAGUGACGAGGAAGAAGAGCAUCACCAGCGGGUCCUUUUGUCUCAGUAUGACGAUAUAGAGUUGGGACCGCAGGUGAUGACACAUUCUAGUCAUGGGGAUAUACCUCUAGACGUCGACGCGUUCCAAGACGGUCUCCCUCACAUUCCCUUACGGCCAUUUCGUAAUCAGGUUGGUGGCCAUAGCGCUAUCUAUAAAUUUACCAAGCGCGCAGUAUGCAAGCCCCUAGUUUCACGUGAGAACCUAUUUUAUGAAGCGGUUGAACGCGAAGCACCUCCUUUAUUGGACUUUAUCCCUCGCUAUCUAGGUGUGAUGCUUGUUAGCUAUCGACGCGUACCUCGCGUAUCCAAUGGCGCUCCUGGAGAGCAUGCAAACAAUCAUCAUGACCGGGCUCGUCCUUUGCUCCAGAAAGCGGCCUCGGAGCCAAGGUCACGAAUUUCUGCUCACCCGAUCGGAAGGACAGGUUCUCAAAAGGAAGAGGGGGACACUGAUACGGAGGAGGCAGAAAUGCCUGAAGUGGCCCUGGAUUAUAACCGUCACAUUGUCCCUCAAUGGCUUCUCCGCGGUGGGCGAAGCCGAGCUAUGUCCCAAUCGGCCACAUUGUCUUCGUCGUUCCCCCACCCUAUCAACCGGUUCCUCAGGGGUCGUCAUUUUGGCGGAUACACUGCUUCCAGCCCAGAUCUCGCGACAUCUGCAGGUAUCUCCCCCCGGACUCAUCGCAUGUCCGACACGGCUCCUGACACAUCGACCCGAGGACGAACCUCAUCUAAUCUCUCCAUGGCCGAAUCUGCUACGCCGACGAGCUCUCCACGCAUAUGCGCGUCGAUAUCUGAAGGGAGGGAUGCUUUCAGGGACCAUGAAAGAUCGCCCCAUCUUUCUACUUCUCCAUCACCGUACCAGAAUGGCUUGUUCGGAGGGACAGGGUCCACUGUCGUCAAUACCAAAUUCAAGGACCACGUUUUCAGUACGCUUCUGCGGAGAUUCUCCAAGCAGUGUUCCGGGCGUAGUGUGUGCUCUUUACGAGCUGAGGACGAGGGAGACCUUGCUGAUGGUGAAGCUGAAGACGCAAGCCUGAGCGACAGUAUCUCUAAGGUCAGGAGGAAGAGGCUGAGUCAGGUAGAGCGACUGCGUCAGGCAGAAGGGGGUAUUUCUACGCAGCCUCUGCGCCGGGUGCGGAGCGAGAAUCGGCUUAUACGUCGCGACCGAUGUUCCGAGGUGGAGGCUCGAGAUGACAAUCCGCAGGAUUUGUUCGAAUUUGAAUAUGAUCGGGGUGGUGAGGAGGGGGCACUAUCUACGUUUGGACAAAGCACGGGGACGUCCUCAUUUUCGACGCGAUAUCAUCGCCGGAGUCCAAGUCGACCGAAACCGCAGUUGUCGUAUUCGGACCCGUUGACCCGGUUGGAGCCUCAUCCCCCUACUGCGCACCGUUCCCCCUCAGCGCCUGGUGGCCGUGACUCGUCCGUGACGCGACAAAAUCACUUUAUUCUCAUGGAGGACCUAACUGGACGUUUGAAACGCUCUUGUGUUCUUGAUCUUAAAAUGGGUACUCGCCAGUAUGGCAUGGAUGCAACGCCUGCGAAAAAGAAGAGUCAGCGGAAGAAGUGCGACAAGACGACUAGCAGGUCAUUAGGUGUGCGUGUCUGCGGUAUGCAGGUAUGGAACCACGCCGCUCAAACAUAUGUGACCCAAGACAAAUACCAAGGUCGCGAGGUCCGCCCAGAGGACUUUACGGACGUCUUGGCGUCUUUUCUCAACAAUGGCCAGCGGCUGUUGGUACAUCAAAUUCCUGUCAUUCUGCGGAAAGUAUAUGCGCUCGCAGGAAUUGUCAACCGUCUGAAAGGCUUCCGGUUCUACGGCUGCAGUCUUCUCAUGAUUUAUGACGGCGACCAGGAAGUGCAAGAAGCAUACAGAGCCUCUGUUCUAGACAACCCAUCUUCCCGUAGCAAACGGGGUGAGUCGCUCGAGCGCCGUCUGAGUCGGACUGCGGAGAACAAGCAAGAGCGUCCUGGUUUGCGCCGGACACACAGCGAGGAUAUCCUGCUUGGUCCUGCUGAAGAUCGAAGCGGCCGACGGCGAAAGAGAGGCGAAAUGCAGAUCCGUCUAGUCGACUUUGCCCACACUACGACCGGCAGGGACUGGCUACCGUACCCGUCUGACGAGCCCAAAGUGAAGGAGGAAAUAACCAGCGGAAAAGGAUACCAAGCAGACGUCGAUCCCGAAACUGGACUUAUAUACGCCAGGUUUCCUCCACACUACCCAGACCAGCCCGACCGCGGAUUUUUGUAUGGUUUGAUGAAUUUGGCUGGGUCGUUGGAGGAAAUCUGGAAUCGAGAACGUCUUCGUCGCAUCAAGGCCUCGAGGGACAAUCCGUCGGCCGUCGCAGACCAGCUUCCUCCGCUUUCGACAGAUGGGAAGGAAAUUUUCGACGAGAUUUUCAAGACACCAGAGGGUGCUGUGGAUCUCGGAAUGCUUUCAUCCUAA